AUGUUUGUUUAAAAACCGGACAGAAAAUUAUAAGAAAAACCAAUUAUAUUGAUAAGAGAUAUUCAGAAAGUGGCGUUGAUAAGGAUACAGAUAUGUUUGCUGAUGUAGGAUUAACAAAAAGAUGUUCCAUAUGUGAAAUAGAAGUACCCAAAGAAUAUAUGAAAAAUCACAUAGAAAGUGACAAGCAUAAGAUGUAUUUGAAUAUCACAAACACAGCUAUAAAUAGAUGUAAAAAACAAAUCAAAGUAAUUAAUUUUAAUCCAUACAAAUAUGAGGAAUCUUCAUUUUUUUGUGAAACAUGCGUUACAGUUAUAUCUAUUGGUGAUAAAUCUGAACAUUUAAAAACGGAAUCUCAUCAAAAUGCCGUUAAAAAAGAUUUAAAAAUGAAAAAACUGAUUGAUUUUUAUAAUAAUAUCUCUGAUGAAAAUCCGGUAUUUCAAAAUCAUGAAAUAAAUGAAACAAAGAGUAAAGAAGAAAUAAACACAAUUGUACCUAAAACAUUUGAUAAUAUAAUAGCAAUAAAAGGAGAGCAUUUAGUUAUAAAAAUAGAUAAUUAUCUAAUAAAAAUGUUAACAGACAGUUACAAUGGAAUCAUGUUAACGGCAAAACACAGAUAUAAAUGUAUAUUCUGCAACGACACAUUUAAAAAGAAAACGAAACAUAUUAAUUUACAGAAACAUGUAAAGAAAAUAACUCCAAUACAAGAUAUUAAUUGUAUAAGAAAUUUGGAAACGGCUAAAAAGCAUUGCAUUUUAUGCAAUAAAUUACUAGACAAUUAUAAUCAUAUUGAAGAUACAGAACAUAAAGACAGAUUAAAAAAUGCAAUUCUAACAGAUUAUGAAAACGUAGAACAUGAAACGGAAGUAAUCAAGACAGAAGAAAUAAAAGAUGUUAGGAACAGAAAGAAAUUCAUCAAGCGAUAUCGAUGUUAAUAUCAAAUUAAUUUGCCAUAUUUGUAAUAUAAAAGUACCUAAAAUAUUCAUGAAAAAUCAUAUAAACAGUCCUAAACAUAAGAUAUAUUUGAAAAUAGCAAAUACAGCAAUGUCAAGAAUUAAUAAAAAUACGAAUCAAAACAUUUUAAUAUCUAAAUGUAAAAGUUCUUUACAUUUUUGUGAUGUCUGUGUUGUUGCUGUUGAGAAUAAAAUGGAUCAUAUUUCAUCAGAUUAUCAUAGGAUUGCUGUUAAAAAGGAGAAAAUGUUCAAAAGUCUUGUAGAAAUGUAUGCUAACGAUUGUGAUAUACAUUCUGAUGAAUCAGAAAGUUGUGACAAAGAAAAUGUUUCUACAGCUUCAGAUGAAAGCUCAGAUGAAGAAAUAUCAAAUGAAUUUAAAGAAAUAGACGAUAAUACAAAAGAAGUAUUAAGUAAAGAACGAGAAACUGAUAAUCAAGUUAAAAUAUUCAAUGCUAGAACGAAGAGUCAUGUUUUAAAAUCUCUUGAUGGAAAGUAUUAUAUAAUCGAAACCAAAGAUGGUGUCCAAAUAAAAGUGGAACGUGAUAAUUAUCAUGGUUUCAAAAAGAUUGGCAAACGGAAAUACGCGUGUCAAUUAUGCUCUAGUUUCUGUCAAAGGAAAGGUAAUCACAUAUUAACGGAGAAGCAUUUGAAGAACAUUUCGAAUGUGAUAGGAUAUCAUUGCAUCAGAGAAGUGGAUACAUCAACUACACAUUGUAUAAUAUGUAAUGAAUUAAUUGAGAGCUACCUACUACAUACAAUGUGCAACGAAAAACAUAUAGAAUUAUUAAAAAACUCACUCAUUCACACAGAUGAUCCAGAUGUAAAUGGAAUUAAAUCAAAAAUCAGUAUAAACAACACUAUUCACGAAAAAGAACCCAACAAAUCUGACGGUAGUCAUAAAACUGUUGAUGUGGGUAGUCUGAAAUUACAAGCGAAUGAAGUGAAAGUCAAACUACCGUCUCAAAAUCCAGUAGAACAUUUAUUAGAGAAUGCUAAUACAAAUUUGUCACAAUUAAAUAAAACAAACGAGAUUAUUGAAUCAAAAGAACAAAAAAAUAUAAUUCCAAUAAACGUAUCAACCAAACAAAAUUCAGAAUUAAUAUCGGAAACGUCUUUACAUCCAGAUUUGUACAUGAUAAAAACAACAAAUCAAGAGAAAUCUUGCUAUUUCUGUGAUGUACCAAUACCUAAUACAACAAGAAAUAUAAACGAACAUCUAGACGGUUCCAAACAUAAACAGACGGUUAAAGAAAUAUUAAACAUUAAUGGUUUAUUAGUUAAAAAUGGAUCUACUUAUUGCAAAUAUUGUCAUAAUAACAUGGUAAAGGAAUACCAAUAUUAUCAUAUUCAACUAGAAAGUCACAAAGCAAAUAUAAUCGCAGUUAAAAAAAUAAACGUAAAAGAAUCUAAUAUAGAUAAAAUAAAUACAUCAAAAGAUAUUGAAAUUAAAACUAAAGAAGAUUCUAUUCAAGAAAUAAAUAAUGGUACAACUGAAAUAGAUAUCCCAUCAGUAAUGGAAAAAACACCGAAAGGUAAUGAAAUAUCAUGCAAAAUAUGCAAUGUAAUAGUUCCGUUAAGAACUUCUAAUAUUCAAGACCAUUUAGAAGGGAACAAACAUAUGAAAAAUCUAAUGGAAUUGUUAGAUAACAAUAAAAUAAUAAUCAAAGAAACACGUAAUUUUUGCGAAUUAUGCUCCUUUUAUAUACAAGAUAAUAUGAAUUACGAGCAUAUAAUAUCAUACUUUCAUAUGAGGAAAUUAGAAAUUCAUGAAAAUAAUAAUAAAAAUGAUGCGAAAUCCAAAAGAUUGAAAACCGUAUUUACUUACAUACUAAAUAUAUUAGAGAGUGGAAACCUUUUAUGUACAGUAUGCAACGUUAUUAUACCAAAUAAAGAGUCAAAUAUAACAGAACAUAUAAACGGAAAGAAACACAUAUCAAAAGAAACGGAUGUAUUUAAAAAAAAUAAAUUAAUAAUCAACGAUAUGAAUUCAUAUUGCGAUAUAUGCUCUUUAUAUAUUUUAAAAGGUUCAGAACAUGAUCAUAUAAAAACUAAACUACACGAAGACAAUAUGAAUAGAAAAUCUGAUAAAACAGACAAUAUUGAUCAAAUACCGCAAUCUAAUAAUUCCACUGAAUAUAUAGGGAUAGUACAAAGUACACCGCAUGUAGUACGGUGUACUUUAUGUAAUGUAGAUGUACCAGACAGUGUACAUACAUUAAAUAUGCAUGUACAAGGUACAAAGCAUAAAUCUAAUUUUAAAACAUUAUUCCCGAAUCAAUAAAUAUAGAGCCUUACAAAUAAACACGGUAUAAAACUUCGGAAUAAACUGAGUAUAAACAAAUAGUACAGUAGAAAGUCGAUAAGUUAAAGUCCAAGGGAAACACAAAAUAUUUUAAGUUAUAGAGGUUUUAAGUUAUCAAGGGUCUAUGUUGU